CCGCUUAAUGUUUAAUGCGUUGUUGCUUUAGAAAGAAGAAUUGGAUGAAUUGAACGAAAUGUGGUUGUUUGUUUUUACUGUUCUGUCAUAUAUCUGUUUCGGAUUUUUAUUAGAUGUAAGUUCCGGGCAUGCUGAAUUAAUGGAUGAAGAUCUUGUGAAAAGCAUUCACGCGGAAUUGAAAGCACUAUCAAGCAAUUACCACAAUCUUUUUUUAACAGUUCAAAAUGACAGAAGUGAAAUUGAUUCUCUGAUUAAACAAAACCAAGAUUUAAAUCAAAGGCUUAUCAAAAAUGUGGACAAAAUGGAGGAGCUAAUUACGAAUGAAGAAUUCUUAAAUCAGACGAUCAAGGCAUUUCAAACACUUACUUCAGAACAGCAACGUGAGUUAAAUAAAGAAAAAUCUAUGUCAAUAAAAUUGACAAGCAAUAACAAAGAUCUUCUUUAUAGAGUUAAUCGCGAAGUUGAUUUUCUGAUAAAACAAAAACAUGAUUUAGAGGGAAAGAUUAAUACCACUGAGGAAAAAAUGGAGAAGUUAAUGUCGGAAAAGGAGACCUCAAGUCAAAUCAUUGAGACUUUACAAAACAUUACUUCACAACAACAACAUGAGUUAAAUAAAGCAGAAUAUAAGUCCAAAAAAUCGAGGGUUUCCGUAGCAUCCUCUUUGACUUUAUUGAAUAAUAAAUUACAAGAACUGACAAAUUCCACAGGUAUUGGCUUUAAAAAUCUAAACGGAAAUAUUUUAAAGGAGAGGAAAUUGCUGAGAGAAGAAAUGCGGAAGUUCGAGAAACGGAUUAAACGAAGGAUUAACAAAAAGCUUGACAAAAUAGUUGAUGGAAAAUGGAGCCGUUGGAUAGAAAAACUAUGCAGUGUAACGUGUGGUGUUGGUAGCCGUUUACGGUAUCGCCAAUGUUCUAAUCCAUAUCCUCAACAUGGUGGAAAAAAUUGUACAGGAAAUAUCACUGAACAUGUCACGUGUCUGCAGUAUAACCCUUGUCCAGUGCAUGGAGCAUGGAGUGUUUGGAGCGAAACCAUCUGCAGUGUUACAUGUGGUGUUGGAACCAGUUUACGAUCUCGCAACUGUUCUAAUCCACAUCCUCAAUAUGGUGGGAACAACUGUACAGGAAACAGUAUAGACCAUGUAACAUGUACUCAGCCUAACAAAUGUCCAGCCCAGGUAACAACCCAGAGGACAGUAAUUUACCAUGGAGGUGGUGUUGUUAGUUCAGGAUCAAGAGAAUACUUUGAAGGCUUCAAUGUCACUGACUUCGGCAUGGACUUCUCAUAUAUUGUCCGUUUCUAUGGCAACGCAUAUAUCCAUUAUGAUUUUGGCAAAAUUCGAUUAGAACAGCAAGAUAUCCUGGUCAGGGUUCAAAACGAGACCUUCAUCUUCCAGUUUAUUACCAGCGAACAAAAUGGACUGAUCUGGUUGGACGAUAGACAAGAAGAAGAUUUGAUAAUGUACUUGGCAGUUAAGGAUGGUUACCUGUGGUUCCAUAUUGAUGAAGGAAAUGGCCGUAUCCAGGAAUCCAAGCUAACAUCCAGGAAAAUCAAAGAAUUGAAUGACUGGGAAUGGCAUACCUUUAGAGUGGACAGGGAUUUUAAAUUGUUGAAAUUCUACAUUGACGAGGAAUAUAUCGUAACUUUACUUACUGAAAGAGAAAUUCAGCUGAUUGGACGAGGAGAUGUCUACCUCGGUGGUACAUCAAAAGAUUAUACUGAUGAUGUUAUUACUCAGGGCUAUCGUGGUGGAAUAACAAAGAUAUUAUACGUGAAGAAUUUACCAAAUUAUCUUCUCCGUGUCAGCUUAAUGCAGUAUAUUACCAAAAUGCUUAAAGGGAAUGGAAUUAGUAGUGGUCUUGAUAUCAUAACCCCAGGACAAGCAAUUACACCAAGACCAAGACCAAGACCAAGACCAAGACAUACACAGAGGCCAUAUACACCAAGACCGAUCAGACCAACCAGCAUCGGCACUUAGAGUUAACCAUCGGGAGACGUUUACCACCAAGGGUCGGUUUUUAGACACGCCCUGUGCAACUAUGCACGGCUAAAUUUGGAGCUCUUUAGUAUGAAGAUAAGAAAAGUAUACAGAAUUGAGGGACUUGUUCUUGGUAAACAGCCGUAACCCGUAAAUAAACUGGACCCCUGUUGUGUUCAUUUAUCGCUACACUACGAUGGAAUGGCAGAACAGUUUAAUCCGUAAACAGAUAAAUAGCUGAUGUUAACUAUUGUUUAUACAAGUAAUAGCUUUUCCAAUAAUCAUAAGCUUGCCGUUUUAUAGCUAAUGUUGAAAAUUGAUUUUGUUUUAUUUGUAGUAUUAUUCAUUCAAAAUAUUACUCAUUUUAUAUGAACAUCAACUGAACAAACAUAAUGAAAGCUUCUCUCUACAAAUUGUAUUGGGGUAAAAAGAAGUGGAACAUUGGAAAGGCCAAUAUGGUAUUUCUAAUAGGUUUACAAUUUUCCUUUUGUGCGUGACAAAUUUUACCUUGAAAGAGCUUAAAUUCUAAGGUCUUCUAAGUCACUUGCGUUUUGCAUGUACUAAUUUCGUUAAGCUUGUGUUCUGAAUAAGACAUGUCAUUUAUUUACUCUCUGUUUAUCUGUUUGUGCUUGAGAAGAAAAGAUGUGAUAAAUAUCUUUCAUUAAUUGUCCCUUGAGAUAAAUAAACCUUAAACGUUUAAGAGUCUGCUGAAUCUUUUUUUUUAUAACGGAACUAAUUGUCCCUUUAUCAGACUUGGGCGGGUUCAGUAUUAGUUUGUAAGGGUAAAUAGUUUCUGUGAAGAAAAAAAAAUUAUAGAGUAUAUUACUUCAGUAAAGUCGGUUUUUGCUUUUGUAGACGAAACGCGCGUCUGGCGGAAAUAUAAAAUUUUAUUACUGGUAUCUAUGAUGAGUUUAUUUAUAUACAUGUUACAUCAUGAGUUUUUCUUGUUAGUUUUUGUUUUUUACCUUUGUAUCAAUCUGAAGAGUCAACCCCUUUUGAACUUUUUUUUUCAAUAAGUUCUUACAUAAUAGAAAGAAAUGAUAAGCAGUAUGACUUUCCAUUCAUGACACAAAGUUAGUUCAUGCACAUCAAAAACACAAAAACAAAGGAACAGCGCUUUUAUUGAUGUAAGAUCCUUUUUUUACACCAAAGUCCCAGAUUGGGCGCCCGAAAACAUGGUUACGUUUGUGCCACAUUCUGUAUCUAUGUGCAUGUCCCAAGUCAGGAGCCAGUAAUAGUAGUUUGAUGCUCUGUUACUUAUUUGUUGUUCGUUCAUUGAUUUGUACACAAAUUAGGCCGUUAGUUUUCUCGUUUGAAUUAUUUACUUUUGUCAUUUCGGGGACUUGUAUAUAUACUAUGCGGUAUGGGCUCUGCUCAUUGUUGAAGGUCGUACGAUGACGAUAAUUUCUGUCUCUCUUGUGGAGAUUUUUUUCAUUAACAAUCAUUUUACAUCUUCUUCAGUAUUUUAGAUUCAUCCCACCAUGUAGAAUGUUUGGCUGUGGCAAAAUCAUAAGCCCGGAUUUCUUUCAUAUACUAGGUUUUCGUUUGUUGUAAUGUAUUAUAAUUGCUUUUUUAAUUGUUUUGUAUAUAAAUUAAUGACACGUC